AUGAAAGGUAAAUAUAGCAACGAUCGGACGUUGGAUGAUGAACUCGUGAAUAGUGAAAAAGUUGAUAUAGAAAAAAAAUCUAAGGAUUCCGAAUUGUAUGUAUUGGUAGUGGCAAAUCUAUAUUCGAACUUCACAGGGAUUACCUGUAAGAAAAGAAGGGGACACAUUCCCCAAAAAUUCUUCCCAAGUAUUAAGAGCAUUACGGAACUAUCGCAGUCUUCUAACAUGAGGUUCAUGCAGUUCAGAGCUCACGACAAGUAUGCCUUACAUCUGUCCAAAAUGGAGAAGAGAGAAAAAGAGCGAGGAUCCCACAUAUCCUACAUGUUCCGACUUCCCUUCGCAGCUGGAAGUGUCUUCAGUGCAAGCAUGUUAGAUACUCUACUAUACCAAGCGUUCGUUAAGGACUACGUCAUAACAUUUGUGCGUCUUCUUCUGGGAGUGGACCAAGCUCCAGGUUCGGGAUUUCUAACAUCGUACUCAGUCAACGGCAAUGACGAAGCUAAAGAUAACCACGAUCAGCAGAUAGAACGUGCAGAAAUAGCCAAUUUGGUAAGAUCAAGAAUGGAAAGCUUAAAUUUACCAACCAUCGACUACAAUGACGUAAGCGAGAAAAGAAAUAGUCUUUCUUACGUCAUUAUUAAUCCUAGUUGCGAUCUUAAAUUAGAAGAAGGAGAUAUAAUAUACCUAGUACGUCCAAGUCCUUUCUCCGCACAAAAGACCUUCGAGAGGCACAACAGCAGAAGAAAAUCAAACAUAAGUUUCUGUUCUCAAACUCUGCUCGCACAAAUGGCAACGAGCUCUCAAGCCGGAAGUCGACGUGGAUCAGGUCUGGGCCUCAGCGGUUACCAAUCGCCUAGGCCUCCACCUCUAGCAACGACAAAAUCAAACUCUUUAUCUUUACCGGACAGCCCAACGGUCGCGGGUUACCAAAGGGGUCGAUCGAAUAGUUUGCGUGUAAUCGACGAUAUUCUACUGCGCAGAUCGAAUUCUUUACGACAAGGACUGCCGAAUAUCGGUAACUCUCGAAGAAAAAGUAGUUUAGAGGACAUCGGCUUGAGCCAUUUUAGUACGAAUUAUUCUAACACUAUAAAGAUUGCCUUGAACGGUAGUAUCGGUUUGGAAGUGACUCCGCCGGAAGAGAACAGUCCUCCGGUGAUCAGCAGCAAUACGGCACUAAUAGUGAACCCAUCCUUACCUCCGCUAGCUCCAUCGGUUCUCACCGGUAGCACGCUGAGUCUCACCCAAAGCGGCCUACCAGGAUCGAGCGGCUCGGUGCCUAUCAACAUGGGUUUCGGUGGCUACGGAGAGGCGGGAGCUUCCCAGCAAGCUGCGCUUCCCACGCCGGCCACGGAUCCGCAACACCUUCAAGGGACGAUAGUAUGA